CAAUAAACAUCGAUCUAACAUCUAAACAAAUCAGAAAUUUAAGAGAUGAUAUUCCACAAUCUCCUAUUACCAAAUCUACAUCCAUUCCUACUCUUUCUUUCCUACUUAACUACUCUAUUACCGCAACAUCUAGCAAAUUAUCUCAGACAUCUCAAAUACAAGCACACUCUCAUCAUGUUUAUACAUAUAUUAUCUGCAAACUUAAUGAUAUCCCUUGUGCAUUCCUAAAAGACAACAAACAUACGCUCUUGAGUAAAGCUACUCUAGUCCUUAGAG